AUGAGGAUAAUAAUCAAAGAUAUCCUAGAUCAAGCUUUUCGUGUCAUCGGUCUGCCGUUUUCAUCCGAUCUUUACAGAGUCCAGACCAUGGAGACAAUCCGACUGUACAAUCAAGCCCAAACAUUUGAUCCACUGAAUGACGGCAUGUCCCCAUCUAUCACAUCGAUAAAAGACCUUUGCGAUCGUGGCAAUCAUUCUCGCUUGAUCUGAAUCUUGCGCUGUAGCACUUCAUACCACCUACAGAGACAUAUAUUGCCUCUCAACAAGUGUUUACGUUCUUGCAUCAAUUCCAAGGUCCACCCCUCAGCGACCCCAAAAGACAUAACUGUGACGUCUAGGAAUCCCACCCACGCCAUCCCGAUCCUACACACCACGCCUCGAUCGGGAAACAACCCUACCCAUAAAAACCUCCAUGGAUGAACCCUCAAACGGAAC